AUGUAAUGAGGCAGACUGUCACAAAAUUAUCACAGAGUAUAUAGUGUUUUUGUCUGAUGAGCUCAGACAUGACUCUCAUUUAACUAAACAUAUUCUUCGUCGUUGCAUUGAGAGGAUGAAAGAAAAGGGUAUUGUUGCCCUUCACUUUUUCAGUGACGGCUGUAGCAGCCAGUAUAAAAGUAGGUACACCUUUCUGCAUCUGUCUCAGCUGCAGGAAGAAUACCAAAAUAUGACAAUCACCCGUCAUUUUUUUGGGUCCAACCACGGAAAGAGUCUGUGUGACUCAUGUGGUGGGGUGGUUAAGAAUGCCGCCACAAGGGCAGUACUUUCUGGAUCUCAUAUUAUCCAGAGUGCUGAACAGAUGUUCAACUUUUGUAACGAGCACCUCAGCAUUGCUCAAGACAGUACUUGUUGUCAUUUGGAGAGUGUACGGUCUUUUGAUCUUAUCAAUCCAAGUAACAUAGAACGUGUGGAAACUGGUUCACUUCAGCCAGUUAAGGGAACUCAAACUAUUCACAGUUUGCGUUUUCCGUCCACAGGGUCCUUAGAGACCAAGCUAUUAUCAUGCUUUUGUGAAGUCUGCCCCAUUGGGGAAAGGGGUGUGUGUGUAAAUGAACCUUUUACGGGAGAGUGGUGUCAGCAAAAGAUUGUGCGUGUGCGUAAACAAAAGAAAAAGAAAUCUGUCAGUCAAGCCGUUUUGCCUGUUGUCCCUGUCGUCCCUGUUCAGUGUGACAUUGUCCCUGUUCAGCGUGACAUUGGUGUAGCUGACUCAUCAUCAAGGGGUGUUUAUUUUGCCUCUUUGCGGGCCAAAUUAACCAAGUGCAACACAUUUGAGCAGUUGCAGUCUGUCUGUAGGUCAGCUUCAGCAGAGAUGUCUCUGUACCCAAUGCCAGUAGUGGCACCAAAACGAGUUAUAGAUGUCGGCAUUGUGGAUGCAAUUGCUUUGAGUCUUGUCCCCGACUACUUGAAGCCUUUACACCCUGUUCUCACCAUAGCCGAUGGGAACUGUGUUCCAAGAGCUUUUAGCCUCUUAGCCUUUGGUGACCAGGAUCACCACAAAGAACUUAGGUGUAGGAUAGUCAUGGAGCUUGCCUUGAACUCUUUUGAUUACUUGUGUCUGAGUUCCUCAGAUUUGAAUUUGUUACAUGUUCUCUCUGAUCACCACUGUGGUGAUAUCAAAGAAACCUUUGAAAGAGAGACUGUACACAUUGCCCGAAACUCUGUGUACAUGGGCAUGUGGCAGAUUAUGGCAGCUUCCAAUGUUCUGGGAGUGAAUGUUUUUUCAGCCUUUCCUCAGAAGAGUAUGAAAGUUUACCAGUCUUUUUUCUCCCGUAGACUAGUACCUCGGGGCACAGCAGUUGAUACUACCAUUGCUAUUUUGUGGUCUGCAACAAAAGAGCACAAUGAAUUAAUGUCUGAUGAGCACUGGACAGCAAAACCAUGUGGUCCCUCUUAUGGGGUUGACAAGGUUUGUUGACGUAGACUCUGACCUUUGUUAAAAUCUAUCAAAGAUCAUCAUGUACGGCAGAAAUAGCCCUUGAAGUAUUUUCAUCAUAUCUUGGAGACCACAAAAGAGCAUCGUUGUAUAAGUGGGAAAUUUUUAGAACAUUUUUACUCCGUAUUUCACUGUUUUAACAGUUGGUUUUUAUAUUCUCUUCUCGUCUCUUCCUGUUUCCUUAAAUUUAAAUUUGACAGGGGUUUUGUUGUGGCCCCCACAUUCCCUGUUGUAUCAGGUUUCAGCUGUUGCUUUAAUUUGCAACGUAUACCCUUU